CACGCACACGCGCAUGCGUAAUAGCGGUCCUUAUUUUUCAAUGUCCAAAAAAUUCAUGAAUGACGGCAAUCACAACCUAUCGCCAGUAGUAUUAAUAUAAUUUGUAAUUUUAAUGUUAGAAAAUGCUAGUUUUAAUCACAUAUACUAACGAAAUUGUACCAAUUAGAUAGUGUUCUCCCUAAAAAGCAGUGGAAUUGGAUUAUUCUAUGACAAUAAAAUACUAAACUAAAUCGAAAAUGACUUCGAAAACAAACAAAGUAUCUCCUUCGUCAAGCAAGAUGUCUACCAGCCCAUUUCCUUACACCUGUGAGCUCUGCGGAGCUGAAGGCCUCACAGAUGAAGGUAUGAGGUCCCAUACCUUGGAGGCCCAUGUCAACGGGAGGCCGGAGUGCCCGUUUUGCGACUGUGCGGUGCCUCAGCCUCAGUUAGUCGGUCAUGUGCAAAAGGCUCAUCUGCAUUAUUUGACCCCUGAAAGGGAGUUGAUGGCGUUUAUUGAUGACCAGAGCCCGAGUUUUGACGAAGACUCCAAAAUGACGACUACAGACAGUUGUAGCUACAAUACGCCAGGGUCUAUAAAUGGGUGGCACAGUCCUGAUAACUCCACACAAUACCACAAUGGGGCUAUUUCAAAGAAUCUCAAUUAUUAUAAUGGAUACCAAGAAAAGGAGAGUUACAGUCGAAGUGAGAAAGAAGAAGAAAAAUGUUCACGUUCUCCCAAAAAUAUUAAUCUUGUCAAUGGACUGAAAAAUAUCAAUAUUAGUAAUGGUGUGGUUCCUAAAAAGGCUCAAAGCAGACAAAAUUCUCAUGAAAAUGAGGUCAACGGGAUUGAUAGAAAAGGUGCGAUUUCUAGUCCAAGUCAUAAUAGUUCUGGUAGUUAUGAGGGGUCGCCUAAUAAAAAUAAGUUGUCCAUGGCUAGUGCCGGACAAGGAUCACCUCUUAGGUCUCAAUUAGCGUUAAAAUUAAAACCAAAUACACCGAAAAAAAGUGUUCCUACUCCAAGUCCUUCCGUGCAGUGUCUAUUGUGUGAUUUUACGUCAACAUGUCCGAGAAAAUUGGAAGAACAUAUAAACCGUGCGCAUUUCGAUCUCACAUCGCCGUCUAUAAAUGCGAAUGCUAACUCGGAUAACCCGACUUUGGGGUUGAGCAACCCCACACUGACGCUGGACAACCCGACGCUAGCGUUGAGUACGAUGGCCAUGUCUCCAGGACCACAUAGUUCAUCGUACCAGUGUCCAAUAUGUGAGCGGGAAUUUUCGCACGCCAACGAAAUCGAAGUGCAUGUCAAUGUUGAACAUCGAGAUAUUUUAAGUCCUCAGAAAUCAGAUCAAGUAGACAACGCAUCAUGCAACGAGGAUGUGGUGAUGAUGGAGGAGAGUCCGGUGAGCAACUGUCCAGUGUGCUGUCAACCGCUGCCACUGCCACAGCAUGAACUGAUCCAACACAUUGAGGAACACUUUGAAAGAGGAGAGGAGUGUGGAGCUCCAUCAGGCCUGUCGGCAGCCGAGAGGGAAGCUCAGAGGAAUAGGGAGGAACAUGAGUUCCAAUUACUAAGGGCACAAUACGGUAUGGAAGAGGAUGAUGAUGAAGGCUACACUCACAGAGCGACCAACAGCCUUAAGCGUGCCGUGUACAGCGGAGCCCUAUCUGUAGCGGGGUACUACGAGCGCAGUCUAGGCCUCCGUAGGGCUGCAGCCUCGGGAACUGACACUGGGUCUUCUAGGACUACAGGUCUCUUAGAGCGAAUAAGUCAGCUAAACGCUCAGAACCCGAGUAUAGUUAAGACGUACUUAUGCAGUGCGGUCGAUCACUACGCUAGCACUUACGGAGAUAGGGGCUGGGGAUGUGGGUACAGGAACAUGCAAAUGGUGCUAUCAUCCCUGAUGCGUCAUCCCCCAUACUCCUCACUCCUGAGUUGUACUCUCGAGCGAACCAGCGAGUGCGAGUGUGUGCCGUCUAUACCGCGCCUGCAGCUGCUGGUGGAGAGAGCCUGGCAGCUGGGCUUCGAUACACAGGGUUCAGAGCAACUCGGCUCCAAAUUAUACAACACUCGGAAAUGGAUAGGUGCCUGUGAGGUAGUCACUGUGCUCUCAUCGCUCAGGAUAAGAUGUCAGCUGAUAGACUUCCACAAGCCGACAGCGGCGGACGGCAGCCACCCCGCGCUGUUCGACUGGGUGCUGCGCUACUUCCAGGAGGAACCCUCGGCCUUCAAGGCGCCGCUGUACCUGCAGCACCAGGGUCACUCGCGCACUAUAAUCGGCUACGAGAAGCACAAGGACGGCAAGGCCACGCUGCUCGUGCUCGACCCCUCGCACUCGCCUGCGCAGGUUCGUCAGGUGGUAUGUGGCAGUUCAGCAUCUUGUGCGGCGGCGCUGCGCCUGCUGCGGCGCGGAGCCCCCGCCCUCCGCGCCAAGCAGUACCAGCUGCUGUGCGUCAGCGGCGUCAUCAGCGACACGCAAGAGUAUGAGGCCAGCAAAGUGCUUCAAUCAGUUCGGAUCCCAUAAGAAAGGUGAGCGGGGUGCCACCCCACUCAACAUUACUCAACUCUACUAUAUUUUCACUCAACCGCUCAACAGGUAAACCUAUGACGCUCAACUUUCAGUUUUUGCUAGUUUAGUUUUCAAUAUU